AUGGUCCCAGACCGUCUGUCGAAGUGGACGCACUCGAAAUGGACUGACGCUCGCGAGCAGCUGUCAUGGGCUCGCCUGAAGGAGCGACCUCCAACGCUGUGGCUGGGCGUGUUAAAGCAGACGCUCGCACUGUGCCUGCUGCUGAUCUUGACCUUUUCGAACCGGUUCGCCGAGACAACACCUUAUCCGACUGCCCUCAAUGGCGCCGUACUGGUCAUUGUGGGAGCUUACCCUGGCGGGACGAUGGGCAAAUGCUUCGAGGCGCUCCUCCUUGGAAGUGUCGGCUUCGGACUGGGCGUGCUGGUCUACGCUAUCCUGGGUGAACUGGCCGAUUCGCCAACCGGGCAGGGCUUCGUCUUCGCAAUCUGGGUGUACCUCGCUGCGCUGGUUCGUUUUGGGGGACCGAAAUACAUAUCUUUCUAUCUUUACGGCGUGCUCUUCUCCUUCAACGGCAUCUACGGCUCGAUCACCGAGGGCGGUUUCAACAAGCAGUUCUUCCUCGCAAACGCCGUCGCGUACUUGUGGGGCAUGGCCAUCUCGCUGGGCGUCAACCUAAUCGUCUGGCCCUUCACCGCCGAAGCCGAACUUCGACAGCUCCUCGUCACCUCUCUCCAGCACGUCUCGACUCUCGCCCACCUCACCUGCAAGACCUACGCGCGCGAGCUUGAUCAAGACGAAGUCGACGUGCGGCAGGUGCUCGUCAAGGCGCUCAGGAGCGACUACCUCGCCUUGAACGGCAGGCUCGACGAGACGUCUUUUGAGAUUACUUUCUCGCGCUGGUCGCUCAAACACUACCGCGACAUGAUCAAGGCCGUCCAGGGCCUGCAGCAGGCCCUCAUCACAUCGUCUUCCGCCAUCGACCUCAUCAGCGCCCUCGACCCACGCGGCAUCAACAGCCGGCACCUCCUCGCUCGUUCCGAAGCGGCACAGACGUUCGCCGAUUUCCGCCACGGCAUCGACCUCGUCAUCGCCGAAAUCAUCGACGAACUCGUCGGCCCCGUUGCGGUUGACGUCGAGCCGGAUGCCGAGCUCGCGCCUCAAAAUGAGACGAUGGCUGAGCGGCAGACGAGCGGCCAGAGCCAGGCGCCAGCGACUGUCGACUCGGACGAGCAGCUCGGUCACGCCCUGCAUACUUCGCCAACUCCCACGGCUGUACAGGAGAAGAUGAUGACGGUCGCUGCGAGGCUCAAGAAGGAGGUCCUGGAGAGUGAGCAGCGACAUCGCAGGAUCAGGGAGGAGAGCCUCCGCAGUGCGAGCGCCUCACGUCGCGGCGACAACUCGAACGCCAGCUCGAGACCAGGGACACCGGGCCACUCGAACCUGCCGUCACCGCGCGAGUCGACCUCGGACCUGCCGCGCGGCCGCAGCGAACAACGACCGCUCGACGAUACAGCAGUACCCGGCGAAGCGAACCGGCCUUCCGACAUUCCUGCAACGACGACAGACCCGGAGAAGGCGGAAGAGACGCACACCGAUGUCGUCCAGAUCUUCCGCAAAGCCUGGGACGCCUUCGCUCGGGCGCAACAGGACGCGCUCGUCUCGCUCAUCAAGGACGGGUCGAUUCAGGUCGACGACGUUCUCCGGAUCGAGGAGGGCAUGCCAAGCAUCAAGGAGAUGUACGCACACCGACUGCCGAAAGCGUGGACGUCCUCCUUGAUAUCGCAGACCCCGCUCGCUCGCCUCCGGUCCCGCGACGGCACUUCGCCUGCGACAACUGUCGUCGAGGAGGAGGAUGCGCCCUGUUCCGACGCUCUCACCAAAGCCUACAGCCUGCUCUUCGGCCUGGGCCAGCUCACCGAAGAGCUAGCAAUCCUUUCGACCAUCGUUCGCGCCAAUCAGCGGAAGAAGCUGCGGCCGUACCUCUUCGGCAUGCUCAUUGACCGCGUCAAGAAGCUCUGGGGACCCAAGGAGGACAUGAACCUGCAGGAGGCCCUCGCGACUCUGCACGGCGUCGAGUACAAGCCCGUCAAAAAGCCCAUUGUUCAGAAGAUCGCGCGCAUUGAGCGUUGGUUCUGGCAGCAACGGUCGAUCUAUGCGGCCAAGGUGUCGAUGGCAACGACCGUCUACUCGGUCUUUGCGCUCGCUCCGACACUCCAGCAGCACGUCUUCCUCCGCAUCGGCCAGGUCUCGGCACUCAUCACCGUGAUCGUAGCUGUCGCUCCGACUCUGGGCGGUACGUUGUCGACAUGGCUCCUGCAGGUGUCAGGGACAGGUGCAGGCGCGCUCGUCGGCCUUGUCGUGCUCGAGAUCUUUCACAACGUCGGAGGGUACAAGUAUAACCCGUACGGCCUCGUCGCCUUCGGUGCGCUGUGGUACGCCUGGUCGUCCUACAAGUUCCUUCAGCACCCCGCCAAAUACACGCAGUCGCUCCUCUACGUCACGGGAUACUCGGCCAUGGUCAUCCAGGAGCACCUUUACAACGACGAGCCGAGCGUUCGUCGCUCGUUCGACUCGCCCGGGCUUCGCUUCGGCUUCUCCAUCGCCAGUCUGGGCAUCAGCAUGGCCAUCUCCGCCGUCUUCCAGAUGUUCGUCUUCCGCCAACCCGCACGUCGACGGUUGCGCCUCCAGCUCGCCGACGUCCUCUUUGCCCUGUCAUCGUACAACACGAUGCUGCAGUGCUUCGUCAACCUCGUCGCGCCCGCCGACGAAGCGCCUGUCCCCCGACAAGAAGCGCUCGCGAAGGUCCAGCACGAGCUCAUCAAGCGCGAGUCCAAGAUCCAGGCGUCGAUUCUUGCGCUUGCUCCGACGUUCCAGUUCGCCAAGGUCGAGCCGAAGUGGUGGGCGCCGUUCAAGGCCGACACGCUUCUCAAGAUCAUCCGCGCGCAGCAAGUGAUACUUGACCGCCUGCGCGAGGCUCGCACGGCUGUUGGCAUGAAGGGCUUCAACCCCACCAUCCACCACGACUUCGCGAAUGUCCUCUUCCCUUACCGCCUCCACUCCCAGCGACUCGCCCGCACACUUUUCUACCUCGGCGCCACCUCUCUCCUCAGCAAAACCCAGCUCGCGCGAGACGUGCCUUCGUCGAAGCCGACAUGGGCAUCUUUCGAGCACGACGCGCUCGUCCUUUCGCGCCGCAUGAGCAGGCUGCCCCGCGGCGAGCGCGAGCUCAAGCGGCCUGGCUUCCUUCGCUACUGGUUCUACCUCGUCUCGCUCGGCUCCGUCAGUACAGAGCUGGAGGAGCUCGAGAAACACCUGGGCGAGCUAUUUGGCGACCCCGACGUCUCCAACCCGUACAUCUCAUAG